CUUCUCAUGGUCUCAAAUGGCAUCGUUAAGUAGCCUUGGUCUCAGUUGGCGUCGUCUCGUGAGUGAUUCUGCGGUGGGACCCGCGAAACUGCGGUGGUGUUUUCCGUAGGGUCAGGGAGGUGAAAGACCCGUAGCGCUUCACUAUGCCGCGCAUCGAUACAGACGUGAAGCUGGACUUCAAAGAUGUUCUGCUGCGACCCAAACGGAGCACGCUGAAGAGUAGGGCAGAUGUAUGCGUGGAAAGGACGAUCACGUUUCGCAACUCCAAGUACACCUGGACCGGGGUGCCCAUCAUAGCCUCCAACAUGGACACGGUCGGAACGUUCGAAAUGGCCGUGGCGCUGGCCAAGCACAAGAUUUUCACCACCAUCCACAAGCACUACCCGGUGGAGGCGUGGAAGCAGUUCGCCGCCGCGCAGCCGGAGACCCUGUACUUCGUGGCGGUGAGCGCCGGCACGAGCGCGGCCGACUUCGACCGGCUGGCCGAGAUCGUGCAGGCCGUGCCAGAGCUGCGCUUCAUCUGUCUGGACGUGGCCAACGGCUACUCGGAGCUCUUCGUCGAGUGCGUGCGCAAGGUGCGCGCCACCUUCCCGCAUCACACGAUCAUGGCCGGUAACGUGGUGACGGGCGAGAUGGUGGAGGAGCUGCUGCUGUCGGGCGCUGACCUCAUCAAGGUCGGCAUUGGGCCCGGCUCCGUCUGCACCACGCGCAAGAAGACGGGCGUCGGCUACCCGCAGGUGUCGGCCGUGCUCGAGUGCGGCGACGCCGCCAAGGGGCUCGGCGGCCACAUCAUCUCGGAUGGCGGCUGCACCUGCCCCGGCGACGUGGCCAAGGCGUUCGGGGCCGGCGCCGACUUCGUCAUGCUGGGCGGCAUGCUGGCCGGCCAUGACCAGUCGGGCGGCGAGGUGAUCGAGCGCGACGGCCGCAAGUACAAGCUCUUCUACGGCAUGUCGUCCGCCACGGCCAUGCAGAAGCACGCGGGCGGCGUGGCUGAGUACCGCGCCUCCGAGGGCAAAACCGUGCAGAUCCCGUACCGCGGGGACGUGACGGCCACGGUGUUGGAUGUGCUGGGUGGUGUGCGCUCCGCCUGCACCUACAUCGGCGCCGGCAAGCUGAAGGAGCUGCCCAAGCGGACGACGUUCAUUCGUGUCACCCAGCAGCUGAACGAGAUAUUUACCGGCAAUGAGCGCAACGACUAGCAUCGCGGCGGUGCGCCCAGACCCUGGUCUGGGGUCGGGCUUGGGGUCGGGCUCAGGCUCGGGCUCGGGCUCGGGCUAGGGCUAGGACUCGGGCUAGGGCUCGGGCUCGGGCUCGGGCUCGGGCUCGGGCUCGGGCUCGGGCUCGGGCUCGGGUUGGAGGCUUGGGCUCUGGUUGGAGGCCCGGGCUCCGGCGUGGUUCUCGGUCAAACUGCGCUGAGGCAGGUCUGGUCUGGUC